AUGUGGUGCCCCGCCUACCUCAACACGCGUUUGCCCCUCGAGUGCCAGGAAAAGGUUGCAUCCGGCAGCUGCAACGAUAGAAUGAACACCGACGCGAAAAGUGAAGCUGCCUCUGAGCCCACCUCUGCAACCUCCGACGACGAGAGUGGCUGCCCCGGCUGUAACGACGUCACGAACUACGGUAACCUCGAAUCUGCCUGCUCUGUUACUGUCCGUGACGACGAAGAGAGCUGGGACGAGCUUGGAUCUACAUCGUCCGUGACGGUCCGAGGCACUGAAGAAAGCCAGUAUGAAUUCGAAUCUGCCUCUUCUGUGACGGUUCCAGAUGUGGAAGAAAGCUGGGAUGAAUUUGGAUCUACCUCGUCCGUGACGGUCCAAGAUGUUGAAGAAAGCUGGGCUGGGUUCGGAUCUACCUCCUCCGUGACGGUUCUAGAUGUUGAGGAAAGCUGGGGUGGGUUUGGGUCCACCUCGUCUGUCGCGAAACGUGAGGAUAGGGAGAAGUACGACGAAUCUGAGUUUGGCCGUUCUACCACGGUCAAAGAAGAAGAAGCUUUGGAGGUCGAGAAACUUUGCGGAUGUGUUCAUGUCACCAUGACUGGAAACGAGAAGUCUAGCCAGACAACCCGAUUAUUUGCACCCUUCGACAGCGCAAUUGACGAGCAGAUCACAAUUGCAAUUGGGAUCCUGCCUCACGGCUGCCUGCCACGCAUUGCUCAUAGCACAAGAAGCGAGAUACGCAGCUACGACAGGGCGUAUAUCCUGCGAUGGCUGUCAGAGCCAAGCUCUUAA